GGCAGUCGCACGCGACGGACACGCAGCUCACAGCGCACGCGCCACGUACCUCGGACCUCAUCGCUAGCAGUUACAGGGUUAGAACGCUCCAUUCGCCCAGGCCUACCGAGUGCACCCCCGGCGAGCAGUCCCCCAGGUUCCUGAGCCGACCACCCGCUUCCUGUCAUCGAGCGUCGCAGCGGAACGCGAUGCUCCGAUCGUGACGGCCGAAUCGCUGACGACGCGAGAGCACGCCGCCAAGCAGCAUGCGGUCAGGGGAGGUGUUCGCCUGUUCGCCGGACGACGCGGUGGACUGCGACAGCGUCAGCGUCGACGUGGGCGGCGCCGUCUGGCCGGACGACGAUGAGGAGCUGGAGCUGGACGUCGAGCUGGAGGUGGACGACGCCUCCAUGGAGUCCGGCGGCAAGCGCGGCAAGAUGCGCCAAGAUUCGUGGGACAGCUCCGGAUCGGAAGGGGGCCCCUCGUCCCGCAAGCAGACACCUCGGCCCCGUCGCAAGGGCAGCCUCGGCAGCAGUGGAGGCGGCGGGGGCGGCGGCGGCGGCGGCGGGGGCGGCACAGGUGGCGGCCGGCGGCGCAAGUCGGGCAUUUCCGCCAGGGAACGUAACCUGCGCAGGCUCGAAAGCAACGAGCGAGAGCGCAUGCGCAUGCACUCGCUCAACGACGCCUUCGAGCAAUUACGGGAAGUCAUACCACACGUAAAGAUGGAGAGGAAAUUAUCGAAGAUUGAAACGCUGACCUUAGCCAAAAACUACAUAAUGGCGUUAACCAACGUCAUCUGCGAGAUGCGGGGCGAAGAGAAACCUUACACGUUCUUCGACGUCGAAUGUGCCUCAAACGAGAGCACCAACGGCAACAACAGCGCCGGAGAGCCGGAAGACAUGGAGCCCAACAACAACUCGCUCUACCAGGAGAACCUGGAGCCCGUGUCCGCGCUGUGACGCCGCCGGCCGCGCACCGCCCCUCCACGCAGUCCAUAGUUACCGGCACGCUGGCCCGGCCGCCUGCCACCGCCGCACGCACCUGCCAGAGCUGGCCCACAACCCAAGUGCCUUACUGUUAACGUGCUCAUACUCAACAUUCCAGCUCCAAGACUGUGAUUCACAGAAGUGCAAACAAACUAGAAGUCAGUGGAUUAAGUGUUUUUUUUUUUUUAAGUGUUUGCAUUGUUAACCGCAAACUUCUCUUCUAGAAGCAGCUGAGUGCGCGAGUUUUAAACUGUGGUGUGCUGUGUUUCGGUAGCAACGAACCUUUUCGAAGCAUCAGCAGCACCAGAAGGAGUUGUGUGAAUUUUCGCACUCUUUACGGAGACCUGUAUCGAGGAAAAUGUGCUCACAGAAACUAUGCUAGAAAUAAGAAUAGUCUUUAGUUAUUAUAAGAAAGUUUAAUGUUCUUUACCUACAUUGGGUACAUGAAUAUUUUUAUAUACGUGAUACUUAAUACUUGGUACAUUAUAUUAAUGACUUUGUAUUAGCUCUUCUCAGCAACUCCAACAUCAAUUGAGUAGCUAUUGUACAAUCGUGUAAGAUCUACAGGGUGCGAUUUGAAGGUGAUGAAUGAAAUACUUAUUACUAUUCCGCUUACAAGUUAGCGGUGGAAUAUUGUAUAAAGCAGAUAAACUCGUAAUUUAAUAUAAUCCUGCCAUGAGAAAUGUAUAAAUCAUAGUGUAUGUGUCCUUCUGUGUAAGAGAUCAUAGUAUGCUAACAAACAAAAUGUGUUAUGGAAACAAGGGGAAGUCAUUAACGCCCUGCUACUUGAUCUGCAGAUCAGUACCUUCACUUUUCAGAAAUGACAAAGUGUGUAAAAAAUCAAGUUACCGCAAAUGCUGAUGCAGAAUAUGUCGUCAGAAAGGCACUGUACCUUCUUCGAUCACACGUAAAAUCCAUCCAUAUGUGGUGCCAAACCAAACGUGAUUUUUUCUCAUUAAAACUGAAUUCAUACAGUU